UUUUAGUUUCAUGAAGUUCCCCGCCAUCGGUGAUGUGAUGAAUAAGUUUGAAGUCCUUGGGAUCGUAGGUGAAGGAGCCUAUGGGGUGGUCCUGAAGUGCAGACACAAGGAGACCAAUGAAAUCGUGGCAAUUAAGAAGUUCAAGGACAGCGAAGAGAAUGAGGAGGUCAAGGAGACCACACUGCGGGAGCUGAAGAUGCUCCGCACACUGAAGCAGGAGAACAUCGUGGAGCUGAAGGAGGCGUUCCGCCGCCGGGGGAAGCUCUACCUCGUCUUCGAGUAUGUGGAGAAGAACAUGCUGGAGCUGCUGGAGGAGCUGCCCAACGGAGUGCCCUCGGAGAAGGUCCGUAGCUACAUCUACCAGCUCAUCAAGGCCAUCCACUGGUGCCACAAGAACGACAUCGUCCACAGGGAUAUCAAACCGGAGAACCUCCUCAUCAGCUCUGAGGACGUCCUCAAACUCUGUGACUUUGGCUUCGCCCGGAACCUGUCCGAGGGAACCGACGCCAACUACACGGAGUACGUGGCCACGCGCUGGUACCGCUCCCCGGAGCUGCUGCUGGGCGCCCCCUACGGGAAGGCGGUGGACAUGUGGUCGGUGGGCUGCAUCCUGGGGGAGCUGAGCGACGGCCAGCCGCUGUUCCCGGGGGAGAGCGAGAUCGACCAGCUGUUCACCAUCCAGAAGGUCCUGGGCCCGCUGCCCCCCGAGCACAUGAAGCUCUUCUACAGCAACCCCCGCUUCCAUGGCCUCAGGUUCCCUGCAGUGAACCACCCCCAGACUCUGGAGAGGCGGUACCUGGGUCUGAUCAGCGGAGCCCUGCUGGACCUGAUGAAGAACCUGCUCCUGCUCAGUCCGACGGAGCGCUUCCUGACGGAGCAGAGCCUGAACCACCACGCCUUCCAGAGCCAGCGGCCGGCGGAGCGGCCCGCCCCCUCCACCCCCACGCCCGCACGCUCCUCCAAGAGGAAGCCUCACCACGGGGACAACAGCACCCCCAGCAGGAGCCACCACCGCUCCAGCAGCAGGGAGUGUUCGAGCCUCCCCCGGCACGAGGAGCUCCACCCCCACGCCGACUCCUUCCACAACGGCAGCGCCUCCGCCAGCCUGAGCCCCACCCUGCACCCCAAGAGCUACCAGCCCCCGCAGGGCUACGGGCCCCCCGCCGAGCUGCCCCACCUGGUCACCGCCAGCGAGCCGCGCCAGGCCAAGCCCGACUUCGAGGCCUCCAACCUGGGCAUGAAGGCCUCCGACGGCCCCGGGGCCAAGUACCUCAAGUCCAACUCGCGGCUGCAGCAGAACCGCCACUCGCUGGUGGAGGGCAAGGGCGGCACGGCGCAGGAGAAGCACGCCCGGCACGGCUACAAGGAGGCGCACGGCCUGCUGCCCCCCGCCUCCUCCUCCUCGCGCUUCGCCUUCCUCAACCUGUCCAAGAGCCACGGCACGCUGAGCGACGCCAAGUCGGUGGGCAACCUGAGCGAAGUGCACCUGCUGGGCGACGAGCCGUCCCCGCGCUACUUCCCCUCGUCCUGCCUGGACCUGACGGCGCCCGGCAGCCCGCUGACGCGCCGCAACGACCGGCUGGCCCACGCCGGCCGCGGCAGCACGCGCUCCGAGCGCGAGAGCAACACGCUGGACUCGGCCUACCGCCGCGCCUCCUCCCGCCACAAGGCGUCGGAGGAGGGGCGCUCCCCGGACGCCCUGGACCCGGGGGAGGGCGGGGGCGGGGGAGGGGGGAGCCACGGCCACUCCCUCUCCGCCCCCCACGACCCCCUGGGGUACGGCCAGGGCUACACCAGCCCCUUCUCCUCGCAGCAGCGGCCGCACCGCCACUCCAUGUACGUGCGGCGGGACCACCAGCGGCCCCACGGCGCCGAGGAGGGCCUGGCCCCGGCGCCCGGCCUGGCCAACCGGGCCAGCAGCCUGCAGAUGCUCUCGCCCCAGCUGCAGCACCGCUCGCUGCCCCGCCACCCCGGGGGGCGGCCGGAGGAGGAGUCCAGCAGGAGCGAGCAGGCGCCCCUGGACUCCGCCCACUCAGCCAGGCCUCCAAUCAGGGACUCCACCCGGGAUAACUCCGCCUCCUUUCACAUUCAGCGGCAGAAAAGCGAGGUGGGGAUGUACCACGAGCAGCAGGAAGACUCGUCCAAGGAGAACCGCAUCAUCUACAGCGACUCCAUGCCCCGGAGGGUGGGCAGCUUCUACCGAGUCCCAUCGCCGCGCCCGGAGAACUCCUUCCACGAGGGGCGGGGUCAGAGCCGGGGUCAGGGCCGGGGGCCCGGCCUGUCGGGGGAGGGAAGCACGGGCUCCAACCACUCCAAACGCCAGACCACCUUCGACCCCUGGACGGGCCACGAGGCGGUGAUGAACCCGGUGGAGACCAAGGAGAAGGAGAAGCAGGGCUUCUUCAGAGCCAUCAAGAAGAAGAAGAAAAAGUCCCAGCCGCCGUCCUCCGCCAGCCUGCCGGCCGAGCUCCAGGCUGGAGGACCUCCUCUGAUCAAGAGCUGUCUCUUCCCCCUCUUUAACUCAAAGACUAGCUUAAAGACCUCCACCCGCUCUCCGCUCAUGGCGAACGACGGAGCGGAGCGCGGCGCCCAGCAGAAGUCGUCCCGUGCCUCCGGCCAUCAGAGCGCCCGCCAUCGCUCCCGGGACAAGAGCCGGGAGCGGGACCCCGACGACUGGCCCCACGACAAGCUGGCCGACGCCCACGCCCAGAGCCAGCCCCUGAGGUCUCUGAGGAAGCUGCUCCACCUCUCGUCUUCCCAGUCCAAUCAGACGGCCGACCACCGCUACCAGCCCCUCCCCGUCCCUAACCCCGCCCCCUCCAAGGGGGGCGGGGGCUUCCCCGAGGGGCGGGGCCACGCCGGCGUCGCCACGCCCCAGCUGAAGAGCCGGCAGCAGCAGGGGGGCUACCCGCUCCCGGGCCCCGCCCUGGACCCGGGGUGGGCGGGGCACGGGGCGCCCCUGGGCCGCUCCGAGGGGAACCCCUACCCCGAGCAGCUGGGCGGGAAGGGCGGGCAGAAUGGACACGGCUUCCCGCGCCAGUCCCGCCCCCGCAUGCCCAACCUCAACGACCUGAAGGAGACCGCCCUGUAGGCCCCGCCCACCCGCGGCGGCUACUUCCUGUCGUUCCCGUGUACUUCCUGUCCAGACCGACGGAGAACAGGUGUCUCGAUAAACCAAACCUUCUAAACGCCCCCCUCCCCGCUUCACUCUGUUUUUAUAAAGCUUUCGUGGUUGAUAGAAUUUAUAUUAUUAUUAUAUAUACUAUUAUAAUUUUGCUAUACAUGGAAUAAAUACAAAUCUAUAUGGAGUGUAGGUUUUUAAGUGUAUUUUUCGUUUCUAUUCAAUAGAAAUCCAGUCAAGUUUGUGCUUUUCUCCUAAUAGAAACCAGUGGAACCAAUAGGCUGUCAUACCGGUAGUUUACUAACUGUUUAUUAACUGUUAACACGAGGAUCUCACGCCUUCAUUCUAAGUCAUGUGUUCACCCUACACCUGUCUCGUACCACUGUCAGGAUGCCAGUAAUGUGUUCAUAACCUCACGCCUUCGGGACGUCAUCGCUGUCGGUUGGCAUGACGACCAGCGUCGACGUCCGGCGGGCUGUCCGUCGUGGUGUUUAUCGAGCUAAACUGCAGACGUCGCCCCCUGCUGGACGGUUCUGUCCUCCAUUGACUCAGAGUAUUUAUUAAAAACGGAUUAAAUGUAUUUAUUUUAAGGCAGAUAAACAUUAUAUUGUGUUUUUAGCUUUAAGUUGAUGAAGUUACAUUUCAACUGGUAUUACGUGUAACAACCAGUACUCCACUGGGAGUGUAUGCCGUAUAUGAUAUGAAACACACACAAUGUACUGUUGUACCACUUACUGCAUAAACAUUGGUUUUUACUGAAUGUGAUUUUUAAAGCAGGGUUUCUGUUAUGUUGUCGAUAACCACAAACCGGGGAUGUUUGGGAGCGCACUUUAGAAAGGACCGUGAAGGAACACUGAACUGAUAUGAGUGCUCGGAGCGGAAAGAACGCUCUGAACAGAGCGGUUCUCUGAGCGGUUCCACGUGCCAUGGACGAGGAGCCGGGAUCAACACGCUGAAGUUUUAUUUUUUUAAACGUUGCACUUUGAAGAGACUGCGUGGCAGCGCGUUAUCGACCUUAUAAUAAUCCUGAUAGGUGAUAUUGAUCUUCCUCUGUGUGGAGUCUCCGUGCCGUGUCGUCUGAACAGAGAAUAUAACGGAGGCUUCCCACGCUCCCUCCUCGUCACGGAGGAGUACUGUACCAUGUGUCGUACCACACGCUGCACACAGUAUUACAUUAAUACUGCUGAGUGUAUGUCAUCCACCAAGCGUCAGAUGAGAUGAAGUAUUUUGAGGUGUUUUUAUUAUUUUAUUACGGACACAACUGAGUAGCAUAGAACGUGUUAUCUCCCCCCAUUCUCACCCUCCCCUGUGGUGACAUUUACUAUUUUAGGAUCUUCAUGUUUACAAAUGUAACGGUAAAUCUGGAAUAAAACUGACUUUGAUUCAAGCGAUCUCUUUCUUUAACGGCGUUGGGUGUUGACCGGAAGCAGUGCCA